AUGGCUGUGGACAGCAAACAUCAGCUGCCGUUUAAGCUCAAAAAUCCAAGUUUGCUACACAACCUAUCCUUUGUGGAUGGUAGCUGGGUACGAGCGAAAUCAGGAAAGACAUUUGAAGUAGUUGACCCUGGAACUGGGAAGCCGUGGAUCGAGUGUCCUACAAACGAUGCGUCAGAUGUAGACAAUGCUGUCAAAAGCUCACACGAGUGUUUCAAGAAUUACAAGAAGAUCAGCCCUCGACAACGGGCGCAGAUGCUCUACCGAUGGGACGCUCUCAUCAAAGAGAACAGGGAUGAUAUAGCGACUAUCCUUGUGUACGAAACCGGUAAACCCAUAUCUGAGGCGUAUGGAGAGAUUGACUAUUCGACGGGCUUCACAUGGUGGUUUGCUGGAGAAGCAGAACGUAUACAGGGCAGUGUUUUCACUCCUGCACUACCAAACAGACGCAUCUUCACAAUCAAGCAGCCACUCGGCGUUGCUGCUGCGUUGGUACCAUGGAACUUUCCCAUCGCGAUGGUUCUUCGCAAAGCCGGUGCCGCAUUGGCUGCGGGCUGUACAAUGAUUGUAAAGCCCAGCCCAGAGACACCAAUCACUAUACUCACGCUUGCGUAUCUCGCGCAAGAAGCUGGAUUCCCCAAGGGAGCUUUGAAUGUCCUGACUACUGAUCUUGAAAAGACACCAGAACUCAGUGAAGCACUCUGUCGGCAUCCACUUGUCAGUAAAGUCACCUUCACAGGCUCUACACGCGUUGGCAAGCUAGUUGCUAAGAUGUGUGCCGAUAAUCUGAAGAAAGUUACACUGGAGCUGGGAGGCAACUGUCCUGUUCUGAUCUUUGACGAUGCAAACAUUGAACAGGCUAUGACCCAGAUCUUCGCACUGAAAUAUCGACACGCGGGUCAAGCUUGUAUCACUGCGAACCGGAUAUACGUUCAAUCUGGUAUUUUUGACAAGUUCCUCGAACGCUGGAAUGAAGAGACGCAAAAGAUCGUUGUCGGCCACGGUUCAGAUGAGAAGACCACAAUGGGACCAGUGACGACCCCACGAGGCGUCGAAAAAGCGCUCGCGCUUGUUGAAGAUGCGAAGAAAAAAGGCGCGAAGAUCCACACGGGUGGAAACAAAAUCAAGAAAGAUGGUGGCUACUUCUUCGAGCCUACUGUCAUUACCGGCGUGACCUCAGACAUGGAUAUUGCCAAUGAAGAGGCUUUUGCCCCGAUCAGCACAUUCAUCAGGUUUGAUACUGAAGACGAAGCGGUGAGGGAGGCCAAUGAUACCAGCAUGGGUCUUGCUUCCUACUGCUUCACAAAGAACGUCGAUCGCACGUGGAGACUAUUCGAGAAUCUGGAGGCUGGCAUGAUUGGCCUGAAUACGGGCAACUCUUCCGCUGCAGAGUCGCCAUUUGGGGGCAUCAAGCAAUCUGGCUAUGGCAAGGAGUCUGGGAAGGAUGUCGCUGUGAACGAGUAUCUGAUUACGAAGACUGCUUACCAGCGGCGCGCGCUGCUCUCGAAGUUGCACCAACAACGUCGCCCAAUUGCCAAAACCUCUUUGUUAAACUUCGGCGCCAUGGAUGACACUGACAUGACCGAUGUCGCCUACGAUAUUGACAUUGAUGUAGGCGAAAACAUAGCACCGGCAGCACAAGCGUCGCAACCACAGCAGGUUGUCCAAAACAACGCGGCCGAAGCAGAGCGAAGCGUGCCCGCGGCCUACACCGAGGACAUUAUUGUACACGAGCCAUGGCCGGAAUCCCUCAACCUCCAGGGCGUGAGCGACUUCGACCCCAACGAUCCGCUCUACUGGGCUAUGGAGCAUUGUCAGUCAGACCCGCGCGUCAAGCAGCUGCGCUGGGUCAACGACAACUCGGUCAACCUCGAGUUCUACAACAAAGAAGACGCGACGCUUGCCCUGACCAUCCUCACACACCCCGACAACGGUGACUUCAGCAACGUCUCCAUGCAAGAGCCCCGGAGGGCGAAAUCGUACUCGAAGAAGCUGGACAGCGUGCUCAUGGUCAGGCAGUCCAACGCCGGGGAUCAGAAGCCGAGGGGCGCGGCCACUAGGAGCAACUACUACCAGCGCAACCCCGAUGUCGCUGGCAACCGUCAGAGGGAGCCGCGGCGAAAGCCGCCUCCAAAGAAAGACUAUCUGGAUUACGGCGACGAGGAAAUGGCAUCUGGUGAGCGACCAAGGCGGAGAAAUAGUGGAGAUGAGUCCAUGGGCGAUUCAGGCCUUGACCAGAGGGGCCCGCGCCGGAACGGACGAGACUUUCGCGACGCCCGCGACGGGCGAGACAACCGGGGUCGCGGCAGGGGGGGCCGUCAACCAGCUUCAGGCAGGCUCAGGAACGAUGCCCAGGGCCAAGACGUCGACUCGUACCGACCAGGCUCAAGAAGUCCGGCAGAGCCACGCUUUGGUCGCCUGCGAGGACGCAGUGCCUCCCCGGCCUCUGACGAAGAAGGCGACGGCCGAUUCGGGUUUGCCGAGCACGAAACGCACGCAGGCCGUCGGCGGUACCGCAGCCGAAGUCGUAGCCGUAACAACCGCCGUCGUCGCGAACCCAGCCUGGAUCGUUGGACGCACGACCGUGCCAACUACGAUCGUCAGAAUGGCCCUACAGCUAGCGGACGUUGGCAGAAGGACGCUUUCUUUGUUGACACUUCACCAAUGGGCAACCACCAUCGGUCAAACGCUAUAGACGUAUCCAAGACACGAGGAGGUGGAGAAUCGCUACUUUCGCGCAUGACCAAGAACGGACAGCCCGUGCUACCGCAGCCGAAGCGAUCGCUAGCUGACAGGAUUACACGCGAUGAUGACGAGCCCGAAGAGUUGUUUGGCCGCCUAAAAGGUGACGACCGUGAUCCUCAUGUUACCGACUUCUCGGAGCCAUCACGGUCUCGUCGCGGUCUGGCAGAUCGUAUCACGCGCGACGGCGACAUCAACAUUCGCGGUCAAGGACGAAACCGGAGCCAAGAGGGCAUUAACAUCCGCGGCUCCGCUGAGCGAAGCGGAGGAGGCGGUAUCAACAUACGUGGUGUGGCGAGCGGUGCCUAG